AUGUCGAUGAACGUUUUCCGUAUUCUGGGCGACGUAUCCCAUACUGCCUCCAAAUGCAUCCUCAUCUAUGCCAUUCACUCCAAUAAGAGCGCCGAGGGUGUCUCCCUCUUGACCCAACUCCUCUAUAUUGCCGUUUUCCUUACGAGAUAUCUCGAUCUAUUCUGGACGAACCCAGCAACGUCAUGGUGGAACUUCAUCCUCAAGAACUUCUACAUAUGGAGUUCCAUCUAUAUCAUCCUAUUGAUGACUAGAGUCUACGCAAGAACCCGUGAACGAGAAAAGGCUUGGAGAUGGGGUGCAUACCUAGCUGGAGCAGCUCUUGUUCUGGCCCCGAUCGUCGCCUUGAUCUUCAUUCGCUGGGACAACUUCACUUUCUUUGAAGUCCUCUGGACCUUCUCCAUCAUCCUGGAGUCUGUAUGCGUCCUCCCCCAGCUGAUCCUCCUCCGGCAAACCACCGUACCCACCGUCAUCGAUUCCUUCUACCUCGUCACCCUAGGUUCCUAUCGGGCGUUUUAUCUUCUCAACUGGAUCUAUCGAUUGUUCACACCCUCGAAGCCCGAUCCGAUCUCGGUCAUCUUUGGCAUCAUUCAGACUGCGUUCUAUGUUGAUUUCGCAUGGGUAUAUUGGACCAGACAACGCGUCAAGUUGAGAGGUGGUGGUGUCGUUGAUGCAGAUGAUCUGAGAAAGGGCUGGCUCGUCAAUAGGGUCAUUCAACACACCCGACAGACAUCAGACGAUCAGGCCGACCCCGAGUCUGGGAAUGUGGAGCCUAACGGACAUACCCCGGCACCGAAGGUCAAUCGAUGGGGUCCUCGCGGCAUUUCGAUAUCUGCGGACGAUACUCUGCAAGCACAUGAUCGUGUAAAGAGACCGGUUCAAAAGGCUGACAGUCUAGAAAGUGAUCCCAUCUUGGAUGAGGACACUUUUGCAUCAGACGAGGAUGACGACGCUCCAAUCCUGGAUGACCCCGGAAAGAAGGUGUUGAACAGCGAUGAAGAAUGGCGAGAUAGCUCUCCAUCAAGGAGAUGA